GUUGUUGAGACGAAGGUUGAAGGUAGCCAAACGAUUGUCACCACACGUACUGUGACCAGCACCUUGGCAGAGGCUUCGGGUACCAAUGGUAGCUAUAGAGCAACUGUUGAGGAGGAAACUGUGAUAGUGACUGGAGCUGGAGAUGCCAUUCAGUCAUCUGUUAGUGGCGCAGACGGAGCCGUGACGACCCAAGUAGUUGUUUCUCAAUUUGAUGGUGGCGCGGUGAGAAUCAUGGGCUCAGCGUUGACAGCGAUGUUGAUAGGAAUUCUUUUAUUCUGA